AUGAGACAUGCUCUACAGCUUCAGCAAAUAAUGAGACCUGCUCUACAGCUUCAGCAAAUAAUGAGACCUGCUCUACAGCUUGCUAUACAGCUUCAUCAAAUAAUGAGACCUGCUCUACAGCUUGCUGUACAGCUUCAGCAAAUAAUGAUACCUGCUAUACAGCUUCAGCAAAUGAUGAGACCUGCUCUACAGCUUCAGCAAAUAAUAAGACCUGCUCUACAGCUUCAGCAAAUAAUGAGACCUGCUAUACAGCUUCAGCAAAUAAUGAGACCUGCUAUACAGCUUCAGCAAAUAAUGAGACCUGCUCUACAGCUUCAGCAAAUAAUGAGACCUGCUCUACAGCUUCAGCAAAUAAUGAGACCUGCUCUACAGCUUGCUAUACAGCUUCAUCAAAUAAUGAGACCUGCUCUACAGCUUGCUGUACAGCUUCAGCAAAUAAUGAGACCUGCUAUACAGCUUCAGCAAAUAAUGAGACCUGCUCUACAGCUUCAGCAAAUAAUGAGACCUGCUCUACAGCUUCAGCAAAUAAUGAGACCUGCUCUACAGCUUGCUAUACAGCUUCAUCAAAUAAUGAGACCUGCUCUACAGCUUGCUGUACAGCUUCAGCAAAUAAUGAGACCUGCUAUACAGCUUCAGCAAAUAAUGAGACCUGCUCUACAGCUUCAGCAAAUAAUGAGACCUGCUCUACAGCUUCAGCAAAUAAUGAGACCUGCUCUACAGCUUGCUAUACAGCUUCAUCAAAUAAUGAGACCUGCUCUACAGCUUGCUGUACAGCUUCAGCAAAUAAUGAGACCUGCUAUACAGCUUCAGCAAAUAAUGAGACCUGCUCUACAGCUUCAGCAAAUAAUGAGACCUGCUCUACAGCUUCAGCAAAUAAUGAGACCUGCUCUACAGCUUCAGCAAAUAAUAAGACCUGCUCUACAGCUUCAGCAAAUAAUGAGACCUGCUCUACAGCUUCAGCAAAUAAUAAGACCUGCUCUACAGCUUCAGCAAAUAAUGAGACCUGCUCUACAGCUUCAGCAAAUAAUAAGACCUGCUCUACAGCUUCAGCAAAUAAUGAGACCUGCUCUACAGCUUCAGCAAAUAAUAAGACCUGCUCUACAGCUUCAGCAAAUAAUGAGACCUGCUAUACAGCUUCAGCAAAUAAUGAGACCUGCUCUACAGCUUCAGCAAAUAAUGAGACCUGCUCUACAGCUUGCUAUACAGCUUCAUCAAAUAAUGAGACCUGCUCUACAGCUUGCUGUACAGCUUCAGCAAAUAAUGAGACCUGCUAUACAGCUUCAGCAAAUAAUGAGACCUGCUCUACAGCUUCAGCAAAUAAUGAGACCUGCUCUACAGCUUCAGCAAAUAAUGAGACCUGCUCUACAGCUUGCUAUACAGCUUCAUCAAAUAAUGAGACCUGCUCUACAGCUUGCUGUACAGCUUCAGCAAAUAAUGAGACCUGCUAUACAGCUUCAGCAAAUAAUGAGACCUGCUCUACAGCUUCAGCAAAUAAUGAGACCUGCUCUACAGCUUCAGCAAAUAAUGAGACCUGCUCUACAGCUUCAGCAAAUAAUAAGACCUGCUCUACAGCUUCAGCAAAUAAUGAGACCUGCUCUACAGCUUCAGCAAAUAAUAAGACCUGCUCUACAGCUUCAGCAAAUAAUGAGACCUGCUCUACAGCUUCAGCAAAUAAUAAGACCUGCUCUACAGCUUCAGCAAAUAAUGAGACCUGCUCUACAGCUUCAGCAAAUAAUAAGACCUGCUCUACAGCUUCAGCAAAUAAUGAGACCUGCUAUACAGCUUCAGCAAAUAAUGAGACCUGCUCUACAGCUUCAGCAAAUAAUGAGACCUGCUAUACAGCUUCAGCAAAUAAUGAGACCUGUUAUACAGCUUCAGCAAAUAAUGAGACCUGCACUACAGCUUGCUGUACAGUUUCAGCAAAUAAUGAGACCUGCUCUACAGUUUCAGCAAAUAAUGAGACCUGCUCUACAGCUUCAGCCGAUAAUGAGACCUGCCCUACAGCUCAACAUAAAGACCUGCCCCACAUAUCCAAUACCAACCACUGCUCCACCCCAUAACACCCCACCCUGA